GCCAGAGGCUGACUGGAGGAGGACCAAGCUGCAAGACGAUGAGCGAAUUUGAGCAAAAGGCUUUAUCUACAUUUGUAUCAGCAGCUGUUGAAGGGGUCAAGACCAUUCAGAGUUUUGGGUUGACGUACUCGCUUGAGCCUUUGUCAGUUGAGGGCCCAAUAUCACCAACUGAAAGCACAUCUUCUUUGGACAGUCCUCAGCCAUCAUGUAGUCCAUUACUAAUACCGCUAAACCUAGUAGAACUGCCAAGCUCAGGACAACCUCCAAGCCCAGGACAACCACUUAGCCCAGAAAUAUCAGCAAAUCCUGCAUCAUCUCCAUGUUCAUCGCUAAGCUUGGAAAAUCAGGAAAUUAAUUAGCACUUUGAUAGCUAACAUUGCAAAGAGGAAUUCUGCUGAGGAGGAAAGGCAACGCAUUGAAAAUGAAAGGCGUCAAGAGCACCGGGAGAUGAUGCAGACCAUCCAAGGCCUAUCCAAUACUGUCGCAGAACUUGUGAAUGUUCUUAAUCAAAACA